AUGCAGAACGACGAAGAGUUCUUUGUUGGAGACCAGGAUGACGAGAACACGUCCUCUGACCUGGAGCUGAUUGUGGAGAAGGUGCCUGAGAAGGAGGAGCAGAAGGAGGAGACCGAGGGACAGAACAUCCUUGACUACGACAUAGAGAGUUUUACAGAUAAGCCUUGGAACAAGCCUGGGGCAGACAUUACGGACUACUUCAACUACGGGUUCAACGAGAUGACAUGGAAGGAGUACUGCAAUAUGCAGAAAAGGAAGAGUGAGUUUGCGCGUGGGGGGAGUGAGUGGACCGACGAGAAGUAUAGGGGAGUGAGGCGGGGGUUCAGCGAGAUUAAGAAGGAUGGGGACGGAGACGGGCCAAGAGGCAGGCGGGGCAGCCGUGAUGUCGGAAGAAGAGGGUCUGGAGAAGGGCAGAGAUGGGAGGGAUGGAGUGGAAGAAAGGAGGGAGGAAGGGGACGACGGGGAGAUCGUGAGGAAAGAAGAUACGAGGAGAGAGGAGAAGGACGAAGACAAGGAUAUAGAGAUGGUGGGAAGAGACAAUAG